AUGCAUUAUCCGGAUAGCCCCACCCCGGGCUCGUAUUACAACGGCCACUACGUCCCCACAUCGGCAGAGAGGACGGCAUAUCAGGCUGCCCACAUCGACGCUUGGGCAAAAAGCAUCAAAUACGGGUACUAUGGCAUCUAUUUCUUCGCUGCCACUAUCUUCGUUGGCGCAGUUGUCAACUUGUACUUCAUUUGGGAGCGGCGUAGACGGCUUGCACAUGGCUCCACUACAUCUUUAAUCGUCCGCAAGGCCGCUGCAUUUGGUCGCUGGGUUGCGUAUCUACGCCUUCCCUAUGCCAUCGACCGCUGGAUUGCCCCCCUCUACACCACGGGGAGCCUCGCGCAGACAAUGCUUCUCGCCUUUGCAUUCACCUUCUGCACGGGCUGGUGCUUCGGCAUCACAUACUGGUAUAGGCCCGCUUUCUGGGGCAGUUCUCCGCUCGGUUUGCGCAGCGAAUGGCUGGCCAUGGCGAUGCUCCCGUUUCUCUUCGUGCUCGCACAAAAGCGCAAUUUAAUCGGCACUUUCACUGGUACCGCAUAUGAGAAGUUACAGGUUCUGCACCAGGGUGUUGCGGGCUUGCACUUUUACAUGAGCUUGGUGCAUACGGGGGCGAUGGCCGUUCGGGGCGCAAGAGAACAAGGCCUCAUGCAAAGCAGCUCUUAUCUCACGGGCUGGAUCGCCUUGGGCCCCCUCGUUUGGCUUUGCGUGGCGAGUCUCCCCGUCUUUCGCUCGAAGGCAUACGAAGGCUUCUGGUUCCUUCACCUCUUUGCUGUCAUUGUGUAUCUGACCACUCUCUGGUAUCACGUUGUGGAUGAACUGAACAGCAACGCAUACAUGUACGCUACAUUCGCCGUGUUCGCCUACGGCUUCACAAUUCGCAUGGGAUGGCUGCUCUAUCGUAACCUGACCCUGCACACUGCCCACAUCGAGACGUCCUCUACCGGUGCCCUGCUUCUCACCGUUCCGACGCGUAUGCGCUGGACCCCGGGUCAACAUGUCGUUCUGCGCUUCCCCGGAGUCAGGCCGCUCGAGUCGCAUCCGUUCACCAUGGCACUUCCGGCGAGCAGCAGCGAGGAAGAACAGCAGCUGCGCUUUAUGGUUCUGCCUCGUGAUGGCUUUACUGGCGCGCUCGCGAGGAAGGUAGUACAGGCGGGCGGGUCGACGUCUCAGCGCGUACUCAUUGAUGGUCCCUUCGGCGAGUCCGGUUUGACCUUCCGAGCGUACGAUUCGGCGCUCUUGCUCGCCGGCGGCACCGGCAUUGCACAUGUCCUGCCUAUCUUCACAGAUCUCGUCGCGCACAUGAAGAGCGAGCAAGGAAGCCGAUCGUUGUGCAGCCGCGUGGAGCUGAUCUGGGUCGUUCGGACAAUCGGCGUUGCCGAGUGGUUCAUCAAAGACAUACAGAAUGCUAUCUCUGGCCUAUCACAUCAGCAGGUCGUCGUGCGCAUCAUGGUCACAACGGAAGAGAACUCUGGCAGCAAGGACGGCGACUCCAUCGACGACGUGAAAGACGCCGACGGUCAGGAAGAUGCUACCAAUGAUACAAGUAACUUCCGAGUGUUGAAUGGCCGCCCGGAUCUCGCUUCUCUCGUACACUCUCGUUCUCAAGAAUGGUCGGGCCGUAUGGCAGUCUCAUCAUGCGGUCCGGCGUCAUUCACUAGCGAUGUGUGCAAUGCUUGCGCCAACGUCGAGCUCAACAUCCUGGCAGGGACGGCGAAGUGUGACGAGUUGUUCCUCAGUUCCUCCCUCUAUAGUUGGUAG